CUUUGCCAUGCUUCUUUCAAGCCAGCGUCUUGUGCUGCUUUAGACUUGUGCAGUCCGUCCAUUCAGCCGGCGUCCCAUUUUCUUUUGGCGCUCACUCAUGCGAGCAUAAUUUGUGAUUGUGGCCGCAACAUGGUUUGCCACCGUCUUCACCUCAACCGAUCUACAGUCACAAGUCUCAUGUAGGGGUGACGCGCCUCUCAAGCGUGAAGGCGAACAAGCACAACAUGGCGAGCAACGCUCAUCUUUUGUUGGACCCAAAGUCGAUGAAGAAAAUGUCUAAGAUGUCAGGAGGUCCAGGCCGCCGUACCCCUCUCGGCGAUCAGUCUUCCUCUGAAGGGCCACAGUCUCCUCAGAAAACAGGCUCUACAACAUCGCACUCAAUGUCUCCUUCAAACUCGUUUAACAACGUCCCAAAGCUGCCCAACGCAUAUGAUCAUAGAUCCCUUCUCGACCCCGGGAGAUCUCGUCAGCCUCUUAAAUCUACUACGUUCCUCAAAGGAGAAACUGGAGACAAGGACAGUGCCCAAAAAUCCAUGCUCGAAAGUAUCUAUGGCGUCGAAGAUCGGAUCAGCAACCCCCGCAAAAAGGUGAAACUGACUGCUGAGGACCAACGCGAGCAAACACCAAAAUUGGGUAUUUCCUCUCAUCGCCGCGGUAACGGAAUCGUCGGUGAAUAUAUGCGACCAGAUCCCGACCAGGCACCCGAAGUAACAAAGAAAAGCCUAGUUGAUCUCACAAACGAUGAAGAUGAUGAUGGCGAUGACGACGAUGUCCAAAUCGUUUCCUCUUGGUCACUCGAUGAUCAAGAAGUAUGCUAUGGCCACAUUGCGACGGUCGCACAAGCUUACCUCCUUCCCAAGCCGAAGGUCGCUGGCAAUAUCUUCCACUCCGAACGAGAAUGGCCCGUUAUGAAGUGUACCCUCGUCCGCAAACCGUCCAAGGACAUGAUAAUUGACGUUCAAGAUCCAUCGGACACGGCAUUUGCUAGAGUUCACCCCGACUUUGCUGCAGUACUUGCGCAAGCUAUGGAUACCAUGAAGGGGUUUCGGACACAGGCGAAAUUGAUCAACCGGCGCAAGAAACCAGACGAAUGGCCGCACAAAGCUUGCUCCGAACAGCUCAAGAUGGUAGUUAAUGUCUAUGGUCGACGUGGAGACGUCGAUAGAGUCGGGCGGCUUUUCGGCAACAACAACUUCUGGCUGCGCGCCCCAAUGGCUUCGGAGCCUGGGAUACCAAUCGUUAAUCCACAUGCACACAAUAAGUCACUCUUCCCAACUUUGCGUCUCACAGGCCAAGCGAGGACUUUACCCGACACACGCACUCUCGAGGAAGCUACAGAAGCAGUCUCGAAGCUCUUUGAUUCUUUCGCUAAUUCCAGUAGGCCGCUGGUUGAGACUAGUGCGCCACCAUCUGUCGUUACAACACCUCUACUCAGUCAUCAGAAGCAAGCUCUCACAUUUCUCUUGCGACAAGAGCAGCCACGUACCUUUGGCAGUGAUGAAGCAGAGAAUUCCUCACUCUGGCGGCGGAAACAGCGCAGAAAUGGGGAUUUUGCUUAUCACGAAGUUGUCACUGGUCUCUCCGUUAAGGAUGAGCCGGAACAAGUACUUGGAGGUCUCCUUGCAGAUGUUAUGGGUCUCGGAAAGACACUGGAGGCCCUCUCACUCAUCGCAAGUACGUUGGAAGAAGCCGAAUCUUUUGCAAACGAGAAAGUAGUGCGCGACAAUCAGGACAUGCAACACAUCAUAUUAUCAAACACCAAGGCGACGUUGAUAGUCUGCCCGACCAGCACAGUGAAAAAUUGGGAGGAUCAGAUCGCGCAGCACAUCAAGCCUGGAACCAUGGAUUACCACGUCUAUCACGGCCCGAACCGCGAGAAGAAUCCGUACAAGUUGCUAAGGUACGAGAUGAUCAUCACCACUUACGGUGUAGUCGCAUCUGAAUUCUCCAAGGCUGCUGUAACACUGAGCCCGUUGAGACAGUUGAAAUGGUUCAGGAUAGUGCUCGACGAAGCACAUACGAUCCGAGAACAAAAGGCUCUGCAGUCUCAAGCCUGCUACAGUCUAGAAGCCCAACGCCGCUGGUGCUUGACCGGGACACCCAUUCAGAAUCGGCUAGAUGACCUGGGGUCGUUGACGAGGUUUCUCCGCAUGUACCCAUACGAUACAGCAGGUCGAUUUAAUCAGUACAUCCGAGGGCCAGCUCAGGCGGGCGAUCCGGCCUUCCUGAAAGCGUUGCGUGUGUUUGUGGACUCAUUUACGCUCCGUCGGCUUCGAGACCGGAUUGACCUCCCAGAGAGAAAAGACUAUGUCGCCAAACUGACGUUUUCAAACGAAGAGCGAAUUCUACACGACUUCUUCAAAGGCAUUGCUCAAGUCCAAAUCGAGCAACUCAGCCGUACGAAGGAGAAGAACAGUGGUGUUCAGCAUCACGUACUUCGUGGCAUCAUGACGUUACGGCUAAUUUGCGCCCAUGGUCGGGAGUUGCUGAAAGAAAAAGAUCUAAAGCUGCUGAAAGGGAUUAGCGCUACUGAUGCCAUUGACGUCGACGAAGAUGCCGGACCACCGACCAUAUCGAGAAAGGCUGCCUACGAGGCGUUGAAUUUGAGGACCGAGGCUGAGCUGGAUGUGUGCCGAAACUGUGAACGAAGCAUAACCAAGGAUGUCGUCAAGACCGAAGCGGAUGACGAGGAGCAGGCGCUGCGAUGCUUCAUCCUCCCAUGCUUCGACCUCGUCUGCGCCGACUGUUUCAAUCCGGCAAAGGCGUCUUUCGACAGCGUACCGGACAAGGAAGCCGUUACCUGUCCAUUCUGUUCCGCCCAGAUUGCUGCUCAGUACGUCGGAUUUAGUGGAUCCACGGCUCAAGAGAUACUCGUGGCGCCAGAUGACACCAUUGCCGAACCUGAAGAAGAGGACAUCGUGCAGACAUAUUCCGGCCCUCAUACCAAGACGAAAGCGCUUUUGGCAGACAUUGAGCAAAUGAAUCAGGAUAGUCAAGCAUUGGAAGCCGCCGGAGAAGCUCCUUUGAAAUGCGUGGUCUUUUCCGAAUUUACGUCGCACCUGGAUCUCAUCGAGAGAGCAUUGACCGAUCACGGCCACUCUUUUGUACGCAUCGAUGGCACCAUGUCUCUCAACAGCCGCAAGAAGUCGAUGGAUGCGCUCGCAUCGGACAACAACAUCAGAAUCCUGUUGGCAUCGAUCAAGGCCGCCGGACAAGGACUGAAUUUGACGGCUGCAUCCCGAGCCUUCAUCAUGGAGCCGAUGUGGAACCCAGCAGCUGAGGCGCAGGCUGUGGAUCGAAUUUAUCGCAUUGGACAGAAGCGCCCUGUUCUCGUCAAACGGUACCAAAUCGACAACAGCAUUGAGGGCAAGAUUGUGGAAUUGCAGAAACGCAAGCAGCAGUUGGCCGACGUUUCGGUGAAUCAAAAUUACAAACAGCUGAGCAAGCAGGAGGUGCGAGAACAGCAUAUGAAGGAGAUUCUGGCGCUGUUCAAAUGAUGACGGUUGUUGCAGCUCUGCAUCUUGGGAUGAGUUGGAAAUACCACGCAGUUGCAUACAAACAGUGUAACACAAUCAGAACUAUGGGGUUGCCAUUCGUGGAGAAGGGGAAGCUUUGGGAAUACCACGAGGCUCAGACAUCCAUUCCCAUUCGCAUUCGCAUUCGCAUUGGCAUAGACUCGAAACUCACAUGGCUAGGGUCUGUUACGAAGGGGAAGAAGCUGCUCUCAAGAACCAGGUGAGCAAAUACAGAGCAUGGAAGAAACGUUACCCAGGUAGCAUUUGCAGCAGAGAAAGCAUGAAUUCAAUGAUGGUUAUUGAUAUCUGAU